AUGAUUUUCUUAUUUUUACAUCAGAUUUUAUGGUUCUCAAUAUCCUCAAUGUGUCAAGAUUCAGACGAUUCUGAUGGGUUUUCAAGCGAACAGCUUCAAUGCAAUUAUUGUGUUCAUUCACGGAAAAGCAAAGAUGUGUCAGAAGGUGUCAAACACGAGCCAGACUGCAUGAAUCAUCUCAAGUUCCUGUCGAGACCCGAUUUAAGGCGGACAUGUACUCCAUCGGAAAAGUAUUGUGUGACAACUGUUACGAAUCUAAACGGAUUUUUUGUGGAAGUUGAACGAGAUUGUGCAGAGAGCUGUGAUCAGGGAUGUGAACAACAUGGUUAUGGUCUAUUUCACACUGAAUGUACACGUUGUUGCCGUGAGCCAUUAUGCAAUGAAUUUGAUGGAAGACAUUUCUAUGAACCAUUAUCUGCACCCAAAAGUCAACAAUUAAUAUCGACAUUAUUAUUCAUUGGUACAUUUAUAAUUUUCAUCAUAUGAAAGGAAAAAAAUGAAAAAUAAAAGUUCUAGCUUUAC